CAAGAAGACCGAGGAGCACGGCGGGGUGGUCCAGAUGAUCGGUCUGCUCGUCGCCGACUUGGACAAGGAGAUGACAGAGGCUGCUCGCUGACAUCCCCCUACACACUACUACACCUGUCUAUAUCAGGCAAUCACAAGCGCAUCGUUUAAACAUAUCGUAUGUCUGGCUCGCACGAUUGCUAUGCCACCCAAGUCAAAGUGCGUUAAUGCUCCUCUCGGUCCUGUCCCUCGGAGUAUUUUGUUUCAGUGUGCCCGAGGCGGAGACCCAGGAGAAGGACUCGCAGGCCGACUACGAGGCCCUAAUGAAGGAGUCGGCGGAAAAGCGCGCGUCGGACUCCAAGAGCCUGUCCGACAAGCAGGCCGCCAAGGCUGACCUCGAGGGCGAGCUGGAGAAGCUCAAGGGCACGCUGCGAGAGGGGAAGGCGGACCUGGCCGCCACCCUGAAGUACAUCCACGAUCUUCACAUGGAGUGCGAUUGGCUGCUGAAGUACUACGACGUGCGCAAGGAGAUGCGCGCCAGCGAGGUCGACGCCCUCGGCAAGGCCCGCGCGGUCCUGAGCGGGGCGGACUACUCCCUCUGAGCCCCCUCCCCCAGGCUCCGGGCGCGGAGGCGCUGCCGCUGCAGGAGCACCGCCCGGGUGCCAGCGCGGGUGCCGCCGCGCCGCUCGCCGGCGCCAUGGCGGCGCAGGGCAACGGCGUGCCAGACGCGGCAGGGGCACACCUCGACGGCGGCGCCGGCGCUGCUUGCCGGGAUGGCCGCUGCGCGCUGCUGGAGCGGCUGCAGCGCGAGUGGGAGCAGCUGGCCAGGGUGCCGCAGGCGAUGGCCGCCCGGGCGCGCGAGGUGGCGGCGGGCCCCGCCAGCCACCCGGAGCGCGACGUCAGGCUCUGGGCCGCGAGGUGCCUGGCCGAGGUGCUGCGCAUCUUCGCCCCAGAGCCCCCGCUGGGCCCCGCCGCGCUGCGGGGUGCCCUGGAGCUGUUCGUGGACCAGCUGGCGCUCCUGGAGGAGCCGCUGGACACGCCGCUGCACGUCCACGCCGUUGGCCUCCUGGAGCGCCUGGCGGAGCUCCGGGCCCUGGUGCUGCUCUUCGACUGCGAGAGCCCAGAGGCGCUGCUGGACGCGCUCGUGGCCGCCGCUCUGCGGGCCGCCACUGGCGCGGGCGCCCGCCACCUGUCCGCCGCGCUGUCCGAGCUCGUGGCCGCGCCGCUCCGUGAGGCGGACGAGCUCCCGCGGGGGUGCCAGGCGCUGCUGAUCGAGGCCUUGGCUCCCGCGGGCGGCCCCGGCGCACGAGACUGCGCCCGGGACGUGGCGCGCCGCGUCCUUGGGAGCCUCGGGAGCACCGCGGUGGCCGCCCAGGUCAACGCCUACCUCAUCGACGAGCUGCACGGGCCGGCGCAGGCGCCCGCCGACGCCGGCAGCCUGCUCGGCUCGGCCUGCGAGCUCUUCGUGAUCGAGCCCGCCUUCGUGGUGCGCCUGCUGCCUCACCUGCAGGAGGACCUGCAGUGCGCCGACGGGGCGCGGCGCCGCGCCGCGACCCAGGCGGCGGGCAGGAUGUUGUCCAGCGCCGCGGUCGUCGAGGGCCCGGCGGGGCAGCGAUCGCCGCUGCUGGAGGCGUACCCGUUGCUGCUCGACAGGUACCUGGAGCGCUACGUGGACGUAGACGACGGGGUGCGCGCCGCGGCUCUCGAGGGUGCGGGUGCGAUCCUCGCUGCCGCCGCGGCCAGCGGCCAGAGCUGCGAGGGCGCCGACGGCCAGUGGGGCGUCGCACUCGCGAGCGCCGCCGCGAAGGUCCGCGACGAGCUCAUCGGCCGCUGCCUUGACCCAUGCCUCGCGGUGCGGCUGCGCGUGGUGGAGCUGGCCGCCGAAGCCGCCGGUUUGCCAGGCGGCCUGGAGCUCAUGGGGCCCGCCGCACCUGCGAUAUUCCGGCGCGUGUUCGACAAGAAGCCCCUCGUGCGCGAAGCCUGCAUCGAGGCGGUGGGCGAGCUGUACAUGGAACGCGGGCUGCCCGCCUGGGUUCGCGGCCGCCCGAGUGAGGCCGCCAGGGUCCUGUGGGCGCCGCAGCUGCUGUGCGAGGCUUUCCUCGCGCUUGCGGGCGGGCGGCUGGGCCAGACAGCACAGCUGGAGGAGUGCCUCGAGCGGUGCGUGCUCGGCUGCGCGGGCGGUCUCGACGCGCACGGGCGCGCUCAGGCCAUUCUCGGCCUCUGUGCGGCGGCGGCCGGCAGCGAGGACGCCGCAAGGGGCCUCGAGUUGCUGCUCGCGCGUAAGCGCCAGGCGCGGGUCCGCCUGCAGCAGUUCGUGGCGCUCCGCGUCCAGAAGGGCGCGCCAUUGCUCUCGCAGCCUGCCCUGCCACCAGCGCCGCUGCUGCUGGCGCUUCCCAGCCCCCCUGGGCCCUCUGAGGCUCGCCCAGGCAGCCCGCUGGUCACAGUGGCAACCAUUGGCUCCCAGUUGGCGCUCUCGGAUGGUGCGGCGGCGGAGGACGCCGAGAACCCCAGUCCUGCGCACCCCGCCUCGGAGGCGGCUGCCGCCCUGGCACGUCUGGCACCCGCGGCGGAGGCGCGGGGCGCCGCGAGGGGCGAGGCGGUGGAGGCGCAGCUGCGCGCCCUCGAUGCGGUGCGGGACCGGGCGCUGUGGGCGCAGCUGGACCUGCUGCUCAAGGGCAGCGAUGCAGGUGGCCAGCCCAUCAUCACGUCGGAGUUGCCCCAGCUUCUGAAUGAGCUCGGACGGUUGCUGCGCGUCCACGGCUUGACGGAGCUGGAGCCGCUGCUGCGGCGGGGGCUGGCUGCGACGUGGCUGCUGCCGGACCAGGUGCACGCCCUCAUGGACUCCUGGCGGCUCGAAGGCGGCGCGCCCCGCGCUGUGCAGUGGGCCGUCGCCCACCUGCCCAAGCACUUCCCAGCGGAGUUCGCCCCUCACGUCGACGCGCUCGUGGCGCGGCUGGCGGUGGGCUCCACCGACGACUCGAGGGCAGCGGUGAAGGGGCUUGCCGCGCUGGGCAGGCUGAGGAGGAGCACCGACGGCGAUGCCUCCUCCGCAGGCGUCGCCAUCUGCGGCAGCCGGCUGGCUGAUGCGCUUCUCGCCACUGCGGCAUUCUCCGAUGCCGCGCUGGCGGCCAGCGAGCCAGUGCACCGAGAGGCAGUUGAGGCGUUGGGCCUUGCGGAGCGAGGAAGUGAGCCGGCGGCCCUGCAGAAGAUCUUCCAGUGGGCCCAACACAGAUUGGCCGACGAGACCUGCCCCACCGCGAUCGCGUGUGGCCUGCAUGCCGCUGCCGCUUGCCUCGAGAGCUCGGCGGCCGCCGCGGCUGCCGAGGGCGCAGUAUGGCGCGAGCGGGCUGAGGCCGUGCUGAAGCGGGGCCCGCAGCGCGAGGGUUGCGAGCUCGCUUGUGCCGCUGCCGCAAGCGUGUUGGCGGUCCUGGGGGCUGGCGGGCCACUGGCUGGGCUGCUCGCCGGAGAUGGCGGUCACGCGCAGGCGGUCCAGGCCCAAGCAGGGAGGGCGGCGCUGGGCGCGGUGGGCAGGGGUCUCCUCGAGCUGUCCACGGAGCUUCUCACCGGGCUGGCCUCGCUCGCCUGCGGCGCCGCGCGGGCCGGGGGCAGGGACGCGGCAGCUCUGCUCGCGUCGCUGCAGCUCGCCCUGGGCUCGCCAAGCUCUCGUGCGCGGCUGCCGAGCCGUAUCCGUCUCUCGGUGACUCUGCCGGCCAUGCUGGCUCUGGCGGAGGGUAAGACUGGCGAGGGAGCGCUGCAGACGCUGCAGGCGGCCGUGGCGUCCAUCCUGAGGCAGUGCGCCUCGCGCGGCGAGCCCUUGCUCGACUUCGCGAUCGCCUACUUCGUGCACUUCCUGUCCCGCCUCCCAGCCUUUGUCUCGGAGUCGGAGGCGCCUGCGUCCGCGUUCCCGGAGAGCUCGCGCGUGGCGGGCCUCUUCGUGCAGGCGGCCACGCGCGGCGGCGCGGGCCUCGGCGUCGACGUCGCGGCGGCCGCGCUGCAGGCGCUGGACUCGUUCCACUGCCUGGCCGACCGGGAGCGCCCCGCCUCGGACGCCGUGCACAGAGCAGCGGCGGUCCUGCGCCAC